GCGUAAUUUUCAUUCAGUGUUGAACAAACAGUUCACAAGUAACAAGUGCCAAGUGCGGUGUUAGCUUUACAGCUUCAGAUUCCAUUCGCAAACGCAAAUCCAACAAUCAACACCAUGUUCAAAUUUGUGCUGAUCAGUGCUGUUUUGGUGGCCGCUGCCGUCUGUGCUGCUCCGGCCGAUAACAAACCGGGCCAGCAGGGCCGUUCCGAUGGGCUGGACCAGGCGGAGUCGGCCUGGAACAACCCGAACGCCUGGAACGCGCAGAACACCUGGGGCCGGGACCCUGCCGCCUGGAACCAUCCGAACUCGUGGAACCAUGGUAACACGUGGAACCACCCGACUGCCUGGAACCGUGGAUACAACAACCGUAAUGACAUGAACACCGCUGCUCGAUCAGGCUACGAUCCUGCCAACCGUUGGGCUGCCGGUACUGACCCGUGGAACCGCUACGGGGCCGGUGCUGGCUGGAACAGCUGGGCCGGACGUGGAGCCGCUGCUGGAUGGCCGGCUGCUGGUGGUGCCGCUGCCAACCGCUGGAACGCAUGGUAAAUGGAGCCGGUGGAUGUGGACAACCCGAUUCGCUAGAGAUUUGACACCAGUUGGGCUAGUUGCAUGUAUGAGCAGACGUUUACUUUCUUAUAAUCACUUUGUAAAAUAAAGUUUUCUAAGAGCACCAUAA